AUGAAAACCGGAGAAACGACAGGAGCAAGUUCUGCGCAAGACUCUACUGCAUCUUGUUCCAAUGCGGUGAGUUGAACUCGAUGAAGGGAACAUUUUCUCUUUUGGGACAGCAAAAAAUCUGAAAAAUUACAGUACAACGUCGGUGACCAAGGAAGUAGUGGAUACGCCGUUGGGGAAACGAAUACGUCUAGAGAGAUGAAGGUGAAAAAUUGAACCUUUUUAGUUUUUCAAUGGGAUUCUCACGAAAACAAUUUUUGAAUUGACUCUUGUUUCAGAUCUUCAAAAAAGUGCUCCGAGACCCUGUUUUACGGCAACCUUUUCAAGAUUUUUUGGAACAACAGUUUUGCGCCGAGAAUCUCAAUUUCUACAUCGCCGUAGAACAGUUUCGAGAACAAAAUUUUUAUACGGAUGAUAAGGUUUAAAUUUUCUUUACUCUAUAUAAUUUUUUUUUCAUUCACAGAUAGGAGAACGGGCUGUAAUGGCACGGAGAAUAUAUGAGAGGUACUUUGCUCAGAAUAGCACAGAGCCGGUGAACAUUGACAACUCCACCAGUAAAAGAAUUCGUGAAACUAUCGAUGAUGGACUGUUCCCUCGUAACACUUUCGACAUCGCUCAAUAUCAGGUUCGGUUGAGAUCCUCUUCAAUCUCAAAAUAAACAUCAAUUGAAACAUAUUAGUUGUACUAGUAGAAGGAAGUUUUUUCCCGAGAAUAAAAUUUGAAUGAAAAGUUUUCUAAAUGCUGGAAAAAAUUCUAAGUCGCCCAAUUUGACUCACCAAAAAGUUUCUGAUGUUUACAGGGCCGGUUUGGUCCAACAUCUCUAGGGAAGACUUUUUCCGGAAAAAAAUGAUCGGUUUUUUUCAUUCUUUCUCAACAAAGUUUUUUUUUCCCGUUGCUCAAGUUUAGAAAUUUUUGGAAACGAGCUUUCAGUUUCAAUAAUAGGAUGAAAAACAAUUUUUGAAUUUUCCCGACAAUCUUUUUUCUGGUACCACAAACCUUUUUGCAAAUUUUUUCGUUAUCCAAUUUUCUAACCAGAAACUACCUAUCUCAGAAGUUUGGACUUAUAAACCUCGUACAGCUCCUUAAUUGAUUGAAGCUCUCUAUAAAAAAUGAGAAUGUUCACUUCAAGCAUAAUUUCAACAUGAGAUCUUUGGACGUUUCAAACGACUAAAAAAAACUUCCAUUUGCCUGAGUGGUCGUAUAUUAUUUCAAAUUCAGAUUUUGCAUUUGCUUAAAUACGACUGUUGGCCACGAUUUUUGCGGGCGGGUGGCGCUCAACCAGAUUUCACCGACGAUCAACUUGCUGAGGAAGAAGACCGCCAGCGACGAAUCGAACUAGGAGGUUAUUUUGAAAUCUUCUUUUUCCUCCAAGAAGAUAGUCUCCUUGGGAACGUCAAGGACAAACUAAUUUCAACUUGCCACUCAGGUUCAAUUAAUCUUUGGAUUUAAAAAACGCUGAAAAACCGUAUUUUCCGGCCUUUGGCUGAGCAAACAUUUUUUUUAUCAACUAAUGAAAGUCGUUUUGUAGAUGCAAUUAAAUGAAGGGAAGCAACAUUAGGUUGCUUCUUGAUUUCUCUUUCAAUUAACGUAAUGAAGAGAAAAAGAAAUGUUUCAAGCUAAUGGAUGAACGGAGAGACACUUUCAGAAAACGUCGAAUCCACAACUUUCCAUCGAAGGUCAUCAGGACGAGCGCUUGGAAGGCAGUCUACUUCGAGUAUCAGUGCGGCCAGUGGAACUGGUCCACUCACAAUGAGAACAGCUUCCGAUAAGAAAAAGGUGAUCUAACGAUUAUGAAAGGGGAAGUAGCCGGAAUACAAAGAAAAGAAAACUCAUAAUUCAAGCCGAUAUCGUUUUGAGAAAAAACUAUGAUCAUGAAUAAAAUAAGGAAAUGGGAACAAAACGAAAGUUUGAAACUUCGAUGCCUGCACUUUCGUGAAGCACUUAUGUGGUUGUGUCGUGUUCACUUUUGCUAAAACUUUCACUUCUCAAAAAUUCAUUUUUAUACAUUUUUCUUGUCAAAAAAGAUUUACAAGUUUUUUUAAAUUUCUUGUUCCAGUCGAUAUAACGCUGAACUUUUACUUUUGACUGCUUUUUGUUUAAUAAAAAAAUCCAACUAAACCGAAAUAGAACGCUGAACCCUGAGUUACUUCAAAAGAAGGGAAGAAAUUUUCGUUUGAAGUUUGAAAGUCUUAUGAAAACGCUGCAAAAUUUUUAAAUUAUUGAAUUGUGAGUUGUAUUGCUCUACGCAACACUUUUUUUAUCGAUUUUGAAAAAAAGUUGUGGUCUUAUUUUUGUGCUAAAAUAAACUUGGGAUGCCACACAUCCUAAACUAAGAAGUCGCGUAGAUAAUCAUAAUGUUUUAUAUAGAAAAAUGUUUAUCUAACUUUCGAACAGUUUUUUUUUUGUUGAACAUGUGGAAACUUAAGAACUUCCAUUCUUUGGAAAAGUAUAUCGUUACAAAUUUUGAAUCGGACCGUCAUAAUAUUCAAUUUAAAAUAAUUCAUGAGUGAUGAAAAUUAACAAUGUAGUCAAUGAGUAUCCAUCUGCUGAAAAUGACCGAAAAAAUGAAUCCGCUUGAUUCCAAAUGUAAAACGUUUGACUGAAAUAUUAAAAAAACGCUGAUUUCGGUUUAAAAGUGCCAAUAUCGUCAUGUAAUGUGAAAAGCCUAUCGCCUGACGAUUGCAGAGAAAUUUCAUGGUACAGCCAACACUGUGGAGCCGGAUGAACCGUUUGGCAGGCAGACUACGUCGAGUGGAUACCGACGAAACUUGCCAGAGCUUAUCUAAACUUGCAUGUCGCUCACGUCCUUCUGAAGGCCUCAACGAAGACCAAAAUCGUUGGACGGAGGAGUCUGGAAGUCUGCGCGUAAGCCUACCACAAUCUUCAUGAACGUUGUGCGUAAUAAUCUUAUUGUUUCUGCUUCGUUUCUAUGAGUUUGCUUCUAAGUUUGACGAACGGGUACAAAAAUGUGAGAAUUAUCAGAAGAUCGAACAAAAUUUUUAUUUUCGCUUCUGUUGACUGUCAAUUAUUUGGUUUUACUUUGUUUGUAAUUUUGUGUUUCGUGGCUUUUCUUUAUUUGUUUUAUCUGCUUGACUAUUUUCUGGAUACAUCUAGUGUCAUUUGAAAUGUUUUUUGUUGUCACAAAGCGCAUGAUGGAGAAAAAUAAAUAAAUUUUCAACUUUCUUUGUGCGGUUAAAUGUUGGAAAUCUUGAUAAAACAGUUGACCGAUUGGUGAAAUGUUGUCAAGAUGUGAUGCUUCGCUAGAAGAAGUGAGUCAGAAGUAUCUUAACACUAUUCAGUUUUCCCAUUUCUGAUUAUCAGGAUCCUUUUCAGCUUGACAGGUUUUUUUUAUUGUUCCUUUCAAUUUUCGAAUUGGAUUGCAAAAAAAUGUCAAUUUAUUAAUUCUUCUAGAGUUUCUUAGAAAUUAGCUUUGAUGCAAUACGCAAACAAAAAUCAAAAAAUUUAUUUUUUUUUUUAAUUUUCUAAAGUUCAAAAACAUUAGAAAGUUAAAAUGCAGACUAAAACAAAUGUGUCAGUUGAAAUCGUGAGAAAAUUUUUUGUGUAUGAUUGAGUGCCUCUAGAAGGGCCUUUAGGCUAAUACCAAUCGUUUCGGUUCUAGAAGACGACUUCAAUCACAACCACUCGACAGCAUUCGCUGUCACAUCCCAACUCCCCAGCGCCUUCGGGUCCGCGGUCCAACACAGCUAGGACGCAACCAGUUCAACUAAAGUUUUGUCGAUUAGUGACUGGGUGUGGAGAUGCAUCUUCUGCCGUCAAUGAAAUUAUCAUCGAGCUGAGCGACCCGGUAAGAUAUAAGAUGAACAAAGAAGAACGGCUGAAAGCGAAAGAAAAGAAUUUUUCCUCAUAUUCGAAGUUGAAUAGAUCCGGUACGACAAGCAUAGGAAAAAUCUUUCAGAAAUUGAAAGAGAAAUUUUUAGAAGCUAUUCUUAUAGUGUCUGCGCUCUUUAUUUAGUCGCGAUACAGAAAAUAGUUGUCAUACGUUUUCGAAGCGUCUCAGGUUGAAAAAAAGGGAAAGUGGAAAGACUUUUCUUUCAUGCAUUUGCGCGAAUAUUAUCAUUAUCAGGUUUUCAUCCGGGUAACGAACAAAAUUCUGUUUAGUUAGAUAAAAAGUUAUUUCUUUAGGUCAGACAAUCCAUCAAAAACCAUUCGUUUUACGCGAUUUCGUUUUACUCGUGAAUACUUUGGACCGGUAGAAAAACAAAUAAAAUGAAUGACAUUGGGAAACUGCGAAAAUUUGUCCAAAAAAAGUUCUAAAUGUUAAAGACACAAUCUGUACGAGCGUGGACGCGUCAGCAAGCUGCCACUGUAGGGAUGGACGUGCGGAACACGCAAGUGGUCGACGCCGAGACCGGCACCUCGAUUGACCCAGCUCGACAGGCUCUCGAUGCUCUUCAGUCGCGAGCCGUGCGGCUGGUUCCAGUAGCCACCCUCGUUGUUGAAGUCCUGCCGCCUAAUUACUCAUUUCGGCAUCCCACUAGCACGCCGACCAAGUGAGUUUUCACUGGCGCUAUAAUGUGUUCCGCGCGAGACGGUCACGUUUCAAGAAAAGAGCAAAAACAUAAUUAAUACUGCUUUUUUCGCGCAUUUGCUCCACGAAACUGCGAAAAAGACAAAGAUCUUGAAGGUCAAGUUUGGUAUACGGCCUGUUCUUUUUGAAAAUAAGCCAAGCUGGCCCAAAGUUUGCUAUAGUGUUGAAGGAGCGUCCCAGCUAUAAUUUUUAUUCAUUUGUAGAAUUGCUUGAAUAACACAUGUGAACUUUAAUUUUGCAUUUUUCUGACGUGUUCAAUUUUUUUAACAGAAGAAAAUGGCUAGAAUUUUUUUUCAAUAUCGAAAACUUAGUAACCAUUACUUUUAAUAUGCUAAAAGAAGUUUAAGAGUAUUCAGGGAGGAUACCAAAGUUAGAAAGUAAUGACGUAUGCGGUGCCUAUUUUCUCAAAGCCCAUUCAGCUUUUUUAUUGGCUCUUAUGAUUUUGAAACUAUUUUAUAGUUUUUUUCAAUCCAACAAAAUGUUUAGAUUUUUGAAAAAAAUUAAAAAAAUUUUUUUCAAAGAUUUAAUGACGUCUGUUCGUUUGUGUUCCACUCAAAGUCCUCAAUUAGUUUGAUAGCCAAAAAAGAAUGAAAGUUCACAUUUAUUUUUAUCCUAGAAAAUUUUCUCUUCUAUGAAAUAUCACUCUCCUACAAAUAUAUUUUUUGAAAAAUAUCGAUUAGUUGUAUUAGUUACAAAAAACCUGAAAUUGUAGGAACAAAAAUACAGAUGACUUUCAUUUUUUUUUCUGAGAGCUUUGCAUUUUCGAUCAAAUGUUAUACAGUCAAAAAAAAACAGCUUUUUUUCUUCUUUUUUUAAUUUUUGCUAAAAAAAGCCCAAAUAACCAAAAAAAUUUCUGAACAGUUAUUAAAAAAACUGGUUUAUUCGAACUUGCUUGAGAGUUUUUUUGAUUUUAUACAAAAAAAUUGGAUAUUAGCGUAGAAAACGUUUCAGAAUUGUAAUGAUUCGUGCUCGGCACUCCUUGUCGACGGGUGGAGCGUUGAGACCUCUCCUCGUCAAAUGGUUCUCCACGAAUACACCCGGAUCGGCUCCGAGCGGCGCAUCUAUAGUGAUCGUCUACAAUGCAACGCUAGAAAUCAUCCGAGGCAGCGUGGCAAUCGGACGCCUACAGCCGGGAAAAUCGUUAGCCGUGAUGUCUCAAUCGCAACACGAAGGUUCUGCAACUGUUCUCACUUCAUUAUUCAGAUGAUUUAGUGAAGCAGUUUUGUUUCUGUUGCAAAAGAGACGUGUUUUCAUUAAUAAAGCGUCUUAUUUCCGUUCUAACUAAAAUUAACUUUUUAGUUGUUUUACAAGCGAGGGAAUUCUUUGAAACUUGAUUAAAACUCUCCCCCAUGAAUCUGUGCGCAUUCGCAAAUUCUCAGAUUUUUGAAAUGAAUCUCUUUGAUUUUAUACUCCUUGACUAGCUUGACAACUCACAGAUUUUUUAACCUAAAAUCUUCGUAAUUCAAAGAAAAGUUUUUUGUCGACUUGUCAGAAAAGUCUAUUCAACGUGCACUUUAAAUAUUUGGUUAAUUUUCAAGUUGCAUCAAAGCUUUGCAGAAUGCUUACAACUCGGAAAAACUGAACUUCCUGAGCCGCGAGAUCCGAUUGUCCUUCAGCCGUCAAUAAUUGACGAACAACGCCUACAAUUCCAUCAACACGGCGACGUUUCAUAUUGCGAAUUACCCCCGGCAGGCUCAGAGGCUCGCGUGGCUUUGCUUCAAAAGCAGCAACCCGAAAAAGUGUGUUUCAAUACUGGCUCCCCAAAUUAUUGACAGAAUGGGAAAGUAAAAUAAUUAGCACCUUUUCAUAACAAACAUUUUUUGUGCAUUUCUUUGAAGUUUUGUUCAAUGUGAGCACUAUUUUUUCAAAGCAAUAUCUUCCUCAUCUGUUUGUAUGUUUUAGACAGAUUUUUCCAGCUCUGCUCUGAACUUUUUCCAGAGAGAACUUUCAUCAAAAACAGUAGCUUUCUUCAUAAAAACUCCAGAUUUGAAAAACAGACUUAUUCAGAGCUGAUUUGUUUUCUUCCGAUUUCAUUUAUAUCUUGUUUCAUCUUCUAUAACUAAAAAAACAGAACAAAUUUGAGUUUUUUUACAAAUACUACAAAAUGCGAAACGAGACAAAAUUGUUCGUUUAACGCUAUCACAUUUUUAUUUCGAAUAAUCAAAAAAAUAGCUCCUUAAUUUACAUUAAAAAGCCAUUUUUCUCUUUAAGGCCUGAGGAUCUGUUCUACACUGGAAAAAAAGAAUAAAACGGCCACAAACUGCCUUACUCCCCCAGUCAGAAAAUUUCGAACAAUGGAGAAAUCUUUAUUUGCAGGAAUUUGGGAAUCCCAUUCACUCGCUUGGUCUACUCAACAAAUUGGUUCGACGGAAAACUACUUCGUCGCCGUCAUCGACAAGCCGCGUAGAAGAGGCCGCUCCAGUGGCGCGCGUCACCUCAUCGCCGCCGCCAGUGCCCUCAAGUGGUUAGCAACAACUUCUAUUCCUUUUCAUGAAACGAACAUGUGUUCUACUUUCAUCUUUUUGCAGGGGAAACUUCGCCUCGUCAACAGCAAGACGUCCUGUCCAACACUACCAAAAAAAGACUCAGCAUCUUCAAAAACGUACGAUUCGUCUUUAAUUUCAUUAAGUAGAGGGGGACAUAUUUUUCAUGAGUUUGGUUCAAAGAUAGUCUGAGGAUUAGUUAUAAUUGUGAAGAAAUGGUAAUUGUUUUGAUAAAAAAGCAUCCGUUCAGACCUCGGAACUUUUCAAAGAAAGUUUUUAAAGUUGCGGUAGUAAUUAUUGAGAGGUCACAGUCAAUCUCUCUCUAAUUUCUCAGCAUUUUAUUUUGAAAAAAAGAUUUUGAUAUAUGUAUUAUUUUAAAAUUGAUUUAUGGACUUGGAGUUCGCACUAGUUCAUGAAAGAUUUCCAUCUAGUCUUUGUCAAAACUUUUGUAAGCUAGUUUAGAAGAAAUAUCAAUUUUCCCUUUUAGAGAGGUUUCUCAAAAUUUUCAGACAGAAAAACUUUUUUUCCUAAGAGUUUCUUGCAGUUCCAAAAAAGAGCUAGCUAUUAAAACAAGUUGAUUUGAGAAAAGCUUCUUAUUUCUCCUAGAAAGUGUCAAUUUGCAGAAGAGCAAGGAAGCUUCCAUCGAAAAGCCACCUUCGUCGGCUUCAACGCCGAGGACGGCGAUGCAACCUCGUCCAGCCACGUUCAGCGCGUCAAUUUCAGUUGAAGCGCCAGUUUCGCUAAAGCCAACUACCAACACCGCGUGUGUACCUUCAGCUGCUACAUCGACAAAACAAAACGGCACAUUUACUUCGCAAAAUAGCGAGCCUUUAACCGAAUCAGCGCCAGGCUUGCCCAGAAUUUUCUCAACCAAAGUUUGUCAAGCCGACGGUAGCGAAGGCAGCACGGAAAGAGAACCUAUCGCUUCAUCUCCUAGUUCUAUGACUGGCGGCUGGCAACCAGCUGCUUACGUUUGA